AUGCGACGCGCAUCGAAAGAUUUGGAAGCGCUGGGCGCAAAGACACCCAUCAGACCCGGCCAGAUUGACACCAUCGAAGAGGUCGAGCCGCCACCCGAGGGAUACUUGCGCCGUGAUCGCCAGAUUCGUACGCCGCAUUACAACGAGCGGCAGGAGCGGCAGACAUCACACAUCGAGGCCCGCCAGUUCUACCAGAAUCAGCAGCAGAGGCAGAACACGCUCGACGAGGCCAACGGUUCGGGGAGUCCGCCGGCGCAUCGAAGCCCAACGAAAACGAGCGCCUCAAUACAUGUGGGCGAUGAUAUCAGAAGGACGGAUAGUCAGAGCAAUCACAGCGGCCAGGAUGGCGCAUAUAGAUCCGCCCUCCCCGUCGGGCUUAGCGAUCCAAAUAACGCGCGCAUACACUCCCCAGACAUGAGCAACACGUACGUCGAUGCCGACAAGGCGGCGAGAGCGCACACUCUGCACCCCACCCUCCCACACGAAGCCAAACCGCUGUUAGCACGAGAAGGUAUCCACGGCGCAGGCGCUGGUGUUGGAAUAGAGUCCGCCAACGACUCCAGCGUCACCUCCGAGCUCAAUGCUAUUUACACCAACAUCCAACGGGUUCUGGACAUUCGGCACAAGUACAUCAGGCUAUCGUUGCAAGGGCCCUUUGACAACCCUGCCGAUGACCCCAGCUGGAACGUCUACCCACCCAUGCCCGAGCCUGUCUGGCAGGGAAACAAGGAGCGCACGAAUGGCGACGCCGAAAACGACAUACCACAAACCCCCACCAAAAAGCCCCGUAAAAUGGGCUACGACAUUGGCGAGGACUUUGACAUCAACGACUGCCUUCCUGUCCCGGGAGCAUCAGAAAUGACCUACCAGCUCGACGAUGCCGGCAUCUUCCAAGUCUACGAAAACUCCAAAUCUCUCGAGCUCGCCGAGCCGAUUGUCCACAUUCCGGAUAUUCGAGAGUUUUACAUGGAUCUCGACGCAGUCCUCGGCAUCUCUUCCGAUGGUCCGUCCAAGUCCUUUGCAUACAGAAGGCUGCAGUACCUUGAGGGUAAGUUCAACCUCUAUGUCCUGCUCAACGAGUAUCAAGAGAUUGCCGACACCAAAGCCGUACCGCAUCGAGAUUUCUACAAUGUGCGCAAGGUCGACACGCACGUCCACCAUUCUGCUUGCAUGAACCAGAAGCACCUGCUGCGCUUCAUCAAGAGCAAGAUGAAGAAGUCGCCGGACGAAGUGGUCCUCUUCCGUGACGGCAAGGAACUCACGCUGAAAGAGGUAUUCGAAAGCAUCAACCUCACGGCAUACGAUUUGAGCAUCGACACGCUGGACAUGCACGCCCACACCGACUCCUUCCACCGCUUUGACAAGUUCAACUUGAAGUACAACCCUGUUGGCGAAAGUAGGCUGCGCACCAUCUUCCUGAAAACCGACAACCACAUCAAAGGCCGAUACCUGGCGGAGAUUACCAAGGAAGUAAUGUCGGAUCUGGAGAGCAGCAAGUACCAAAUGGUGGAAUGGCGAAUCAGCAUCUAUGGCCGCUCCCUCGACGAAUGGGAUAAACUCGCCGCAUGGGUGGUCGACAACAAACUCUACUCCCCCAACGUCCGCUGGAUCAUCCAGAUACCCCGCCUCUACGACGUCUACAAGGAAAAUCAAACCAUGCAGUCGUUUGAAGAAAUCAUCAUCAACGUCUUCCGGCCGCUGUUUGAAGCCACGCACAACCCAGCCUCUCAUCCGAAGCUGCACAUUUUCCUCCAACGAGUCAUCGGCUUCGACUCGGUGGAUGAUGAGAGCAAAGUUGAACGGCGCAUCUACCGUAAAUUCCCACUCCCCAAGAUGUGGAAUACCAAGCAAAACCCGCCAUACAGCUAUUGGAUCUACUACAUCUUCGCCAACGUUGCUUCGCUGAAUGUCUGGCGAAAACAGCGCGGCUUCAACACCUUCCUCCUCCGUCCUCACUGUGGCGAGGCAGGCGAUACGGACCAUCUCGCAGCCGCUGUCCUAUGCUGCCAUAGCAUUUGUCACGGAUUACUCUUGCGAAAGGUCCCGCUACUGCAAUACAUCUUCUACCUCGACCAAAUCGGCGUCGCCAUGAGCCCACUCAGCAAUAAUGCACUCUUCCUGGCCUACGAACGUAAUCCCUUCUUGCAGUACUUCCGGCGCGGCCUCAACGUCAGUCUCUCCACCGACGACCCUCUGCAAUUCGCCUUCACCAAAGAGCCUCUCAUUGAGGAAUACGCCGUGGCGGCGCAAAUCUACAAGCUGACCGCCAUUGACAUGUGCGAACUCGCCAAACACAGCGUCAUUCAAUCCGGGUUUGAACACAGUGUCAAACAACGCUGGCUGGGAAACAACUACCACUUGCCCGGCGUUGCCGGCAAUGACAUGGCCAAGGUCAAUCUACCCAACAUCCGCGAAGCAUUCCGCCACGAAACUUGGCUGCAGGAGGUCGCGAUG